AGUUGUCUGACCACCCCGCUACAGCUCCAGUCAGCCCUGACGCCGUGAGCCAUGUCGAUUUCAACUCAGCCGCAUUGAGUCAGCGUAGAACUCAUCAGCAAUGGCGGAAAAAGCGAAAACAAGUUCGCUUCGGCUUCUUGUAGCGCUAGCUCUGGUGUUGUUACUCGUGUAUUGCGUGUCACUGAGUGCCUUCGUCGUUUAUUUGAUGCGAGAUUACAACGAGUUGAGACAUUACGUCCAAGAUUUGCGGGGUAGAGUUGUUUUAUUGGAGAAGGGAACAGUUAACGCUUCUAAGACGACUGUGUCGCCCUCAAGCACCCAAGACCAGCGUGAAAACAAGGACAAAAGACCUCAGAUGACUGAAAUUGUUGACAUCAAGAACAUUUUCCAUGAGAGGCGCAAAAGAAACUCUCCAAGCGCCUGUGGGAAGAUUAUGUGUCCUAGCGGACCCCCCGGCCCUCCAGGACCGUCAGGUGCCAAGGGAAGAAGAGGAAAAAAAGGACAACAAGGUCCCAUCGGUCAAAAAGGACCAGCAGGUCCACAGGGUUCCCAGGGACCCUACGGGCCACCAGGUCCUUCAGGCGAAGUAGGUCCACCUGGGCCAAAGGGAGACCCAGGAGAAUUGGGAGAGAGAGGACCCCCAGGACUCAUGAUGCGAGAGAGUGCUCACUUGGUUGGCGACGGAAAAAGAGUACAUCAUGCUGGCACCGUUCAUCGUUGGAAGGAAGGCCACGUCAAUGGAAGUAUCUUGUACAGACGACAUGUGGGUCACCUGGUGAUCGGUCGUUCUGGAAUGUACUAUGUUUACAGCCAGAUGUAUUACUACGAUUGCACCAGCUACUCAAUGAACCACUACACUGUUCUAAAUGACCGCAAAAUCCUCGGGAGCGUCUCAAGCACAGUGAAUUGCUCGAGAAAGUACAACACCAACUUCCAGGGAGGCGUUUUUCAUCUGAAUCGAGGCGACAUUCUUAAAGUGGAAGUGUACAGGAGUAAGAUUUACUACAUGGCGGCUCCUUAUAGUUACUUUGGAGUGUUCAUGUUGUAUCCUGACUAAGGCAUUGAGCCUUUCAUCUUCAUGCAUUUUUUUUUUGAAAGAAGUGGUCAGUCCUUUUUUUUUUCGAUUUUAUACAUUUCAUACCUAACCUGUUAGCCUCUCGUUAGUGGAAAGUCAAGUUCGUUGCACUCGCUUUGAGUAUAUUUACACCAUGGGUAAAAUUAAAACGAAAAGGAAAUCAGAACGAAAGCCACGCGCAUGACCGGUGCAAGUUAACUUUGGGACUGAUCAUUAUUUAUCGCCUAGGGGAGAGGUCGAAGUAUUUGGUUGAGUCACAAUAAAAUUUACUUGUUGCCCCCAUAAGGCUCUGUAGUAUUCAAAUGAUUCUCCUCAAGUGGCGGUCAAUAUUUUACUGUCCCCCCCAUAUAAAAUCUGUUAGAGACGUCUGAUCCCCCCUCAUCUCCCCCUGAGAACCAUGUGAUCCUCAAAACUCCCCUGCCCUCUCUCUCCCCCCCCCCCCUAUUGGUAAUGAAUAAUGACUAGUCCCUCAUUAGCAACGACCGCUUCUCUAUCAUAAUGCAGGAACCGCACCGUGGAAGGACUUGGGGGGGGGGGGGCCUUAGCAUCCCCCCCUUUUUUUUUUAAACUUGUCCUGCCGAGCGUGCCCUAAUCCCCCUGCCUUCUCGGCUGAAGCUUAUGAGUUCGUCUUUGAUCCUCCCACACUUAAAAUUUGCUGCACGGACCUUGUUUUGUAGGUUCUUAGAUAUAUCGAUAAUUUCAGUCAUUUUCACAAUUUUUUGGUAAUGUUUAUCAUGUUAACUAGAUAUAGAAAUCCAAAUUUUGAUCCUGUGAACAGUUACCCUUCCUGUAGACGUUAGCGUACAGACAAAUUGUAAAUCGUUAAAAUGUUAGCCUUCUCGGCCAAAGAGACUCAUAAAUUAGGGUGUUCUUCGAAAUUGUAUUAGUCUUAGUCUUAGUCAUCAUUUAUGGAUUUAAUUAUAGUAAAAGAAAGGCGACUUUAUUUUCGGUAUCCGAAUAGUGCUUAAAUGAUUUUUCGGUAAAUCAGGCUCAAAUCAUGUGGAAAGUAGUUUGACGCAUAAUUGUUUCCAUUUUGGCUAGUUUAAAUCAAAUAGUUAGUCAAGUUAACCACAGUAAGUCAUCAAACGCGCUUUACUUUGCUUUUUAUACUGUUUUUGUGUAUGGAGUUGUAAAAAUUCAUAUUUCUAAUAAAAAUAGAUCUGCCUACCAAUGUUUGGC